AUGCGGCAUCAUGCACUGCCACUAGGUGUCUGUGCCGCCGUCAAUCCAUUCAACGCUCCGGUGCCCACUAUGAUCUUGAAAUGCAUUCCAGCCCUCGCAACCGGCAACGUGAUUAUCGUCAAACCCUCGGAGAAAACUCCACUUGGCAGUCUGGCACUUGCUCCCUUAUUUGAGAAAGCAGGAAUUCCCAAAGGAGUCGUACAAGUCAUCACUGGAGCAGGAGAGACAGGCGCCCUCCUAGCUAGCCACAUGAGGAUUCGGAAGAUCAGUUUCACUGGCAGCGUACCAACGGGGAAAAAGAUCCAAGAGGCGGCGGCCAAAAGCAAUCUCAAACGUGUGACGCUCGAGCUCGGAGGCAAGUCGCCGGCGGUGGUCUUCGAUGAUGCAAAUCUAGACAAUGCUUUGACUUGGACUGUCAAUGCGAUCUUGGCAAGAUCAGGCCAGGUCUGUGUAGCUGCUACUCGAGUCUACGUACAGUCGUCGAUCGCGCAAGCUUUCGUCGACAAGUACAGCGAAAAGAUGAAAGCCGCUGUCAAGUCAAUUCGAGAAGUCGGAGGGGUUCAGCAUGGCGAUACCGGCUGCUACAUGGAACCUACUCUCUUCUUGAACCCCAGGGCUGACGCCGACAUUUACAAGAACGAGAUCUUUGGGCCCGUGGCUGUCAUCAAGACUUUCGAGACGGAAGAGGAGGUGCUCAAGAUGGCUAACGACACCGAGUAUGGGCUGAUGUCUGGCGUUUUUACGAAGGAUAUCGGUCGUGCGCUGCGCAUGGCUAAAGGUUUGGACAGUGGCGUGGUGGGCGUCAAUUGUGUCAGCUAUGUGAGCAUAUCGAUGAUCUUGAACUGUAUGAAUAUGCAAGUACCCUUUGGAGGCCGCAAACAGAGCGGCAUCGGCAGAGAGUUUGGCGAAUACGCAUUGCGGGCCUACACUGAGCCCAAGACGAUCUUGAUAAAAUCGAGACUGACGCACAAGCAGCAUGAACGCUUGAAGCUCUUCGCCAAGACUCGUAAAACAGAUGAUUCGAUUGGUCUUUAA